GUUAUGCCAUUUGGCCUUACAAAUGCCCCGACCACUUUCCAAGCGGCUAUGACAACGAAAUUCCGACACAUGCUGGAUCGAUACGUACUUAUCUACCUCGACAACAUCCUGGUGUAUAGUCGGAGUUUGGAGGAGCAUGUGGAACACCUGCACACCGUUUUGGAGCGGCUAUGACAAGCCAAGUACAAAGCCAACAGCGACAAGUGCGAAUUCGCGCGCAGGAGAUGGAGUACUUGGGACAUUAUGUAGCGCCGCAAGGCAUCGGUCCGCUUGCAGACAAGAUCGAGGCCCUACGAGUAUGGCCCGAGCCCACCAACAGCACGGACGUUCGUUCAUUCAUGGGAUUGGCAGGCUACUAUCGGCGAUUCAUCACCGGAUACUCGAGGAUUGCUGCACCUAUGACGAGAUUGCAAUCGCCAAACGUGCCAUUCGUAUUCGAUGACGACGCACGCCGGUCAUUCCAAGCACUUAAGACGGCUAUGCUCAUGGCACCCGUCCUUAGCAUCUAUGACCCCACCCUGCCUACGAGAGCGAUGACUGACGCUUCCGGCUAUGGCAUUGGGGCAGUCUUGGAACAACACGACAGCGACGACUGGCACCCUGUGGAGUAUUUCAGCCACAAAGUGUCUCCCAUCAACUCGCUUGAUGAUGCAAGGAAGAUGGAGUUGCUCGCAUUCGUCAUGGCUCUCAAGCGAUGGCGACACUUCCUCCUUGGGCGUCGUAGGUUCACAUGGGUUACAGACAACAAUCCAUUGACCUACUACAAGACGCAGGAUACGGUGAGCAACACGAUCAGACGAUGGAUGUACUUUAUUGACCAAUUUGACUUCACACCGAAAGAUAUUUCCGGCCUCUCCAAUCGCGCAGCAGAUGCACUCUCGCGAAGACCUGAUCUUUGCGCUAUGACACAUCAUGCCUUCGCAUUCGAUGAGGAGCUCCAGCGACACUUCAUCAAGGGGUACGAGUCCGAUCCAGACUUCGCCACACUAUAUGCGCAGCUAUCUUUGGAUCACCCGCCGGCCAGCCACUAUCACAUCGUCGAUGGGUACUUGCUCCUGCACUCGCGGGGCAAGGACUUACUAUGUGUCCCACACGACCGCCGUCUUCGGACUCGCCUCCUCGGCGAGUAUCAUGAUUCGCGACUUGCCGGCCAUUUCAAAGUCAACCGCACUAUUGCACGGCCUCGACAGCGAUUCCGAUGGCCCGACCUCAUCACCGAUGUCACGAGGUAUUCCGACUCUUGCGAAGCCGUAUCUUCGCCGACCUUCUCCUCCCAUGACCAGCCGACAUCGAUGCCGCUUGCUCUCCCGCUUCCGUCCGGAAGUACAGGGGAAUUGUUGGCUCAAGCCCGCGCAAAUAUGCAAAAGGCUCAAGUCCGCAUGCAGCAGCAAGCCAACAGGCAUCGCGUGCCAUGUCCCAUCCGCGCCGGCGACCUGGUUUGGGUUUCCACGGAAGAGUUUGCACUGGAACAAGAGGUCUCACACAAACUGUUUCCCAAGUGGUUUGGACCAUGGCCUGUAACAUCAGCCGCGAGCGAUGAGCUCGAUGGCCCUUCAUUUGUGAUCAACAUUCCCCCGCAUCUGACGGCCCAUCGACUGGAUGCCUCAAAGCUGGCAACAUACACGCCAGCUAAGAGCGACGACUUUCCGGGCCGACGAUCGCAGGACCCUCCUUCUAUGGAUGGUCAUCAGGAAGUUGACCGCGUCAUCACCGACAGCACAUUCAAAGCCUGCGAUCGCGACGACACUCGGUGGAUUUCAGGAGCAGAUUUGAAAGCAUUCGCACAGGUGAUCUAUGCGCAUUAUGAGAAGCAAAGGUUAGCUCAGGAAGCUUCACGACCGGCCCCUCCCACCCGGACUAUGGUCCCUCCCUCAGCCAGUCAACUUCGCCCUCACAGGUAAGCUCGGUCUUUCAAGGAGGGGGGGGGGGUGGCAUACUGCGUAGCCACACGGGCCCUGCAUGGCCCGUCCCGCACUUUCAACCUAA